AUGGCUCAACGAGGGCAAAACCAGGGUGCUGCCGGUGCAGCGCCCGUAGGUGGUGGUGGCGCUGCUGCUGCGGGGGCAGCUGCGCUUGGAGGUGUUCCUGCUGCAGGAGCCGCUCCAGCGAGAGCAGGCGGCGCGGUUGCUCGGCCUGCUGUUAUGCCAGAGACCUUUGAUGGAGAAGGAGAUUGGCAGGAAUACUUGGCCUAUUUCAUACAGUGUGCGGAAGUCAACGGAUGGCAGGAUCCGCAGAGGGCCCAGUUCCUUGGGGUGAGGCUGCGCGAUGCGGCUCGCCGGUUCUUCACUACCUUGCCUGCUGCUCGACGAGUGAAUUGGCAACAUCUCUGCGCUGAUAUGGGCAAUCGGUUUGCCCCUGCUGCGGUUGCAAACCAGUACAAGGCCCAAUUCCGUACGCGGCGACGGAAGGCGGGUGAGGACCUACUGCGGGUCGCUGAUGACUUUCGUCGCUUAGUCGUCCGGGCUUACCCUAUGAUGCCAGAUGCGGUUCGCGAUGAUCUGGUGCGAGACCUAUUUAUCGAAUCUCUUACACCAGUGGCUCUGAGGGUGCUUUUACAGGAGAACCCACCGGCAACCGUCCAAGCGGCGGUCGAAACGGCAUUGCACCUGGAAAAGGUAUGGUCAGAGGUAGAGCUUCCACCAGAUGCAUCGACCAAGUUAGUGGGCCCUUAUGUACGGGCGGGUUUGGGCGCGGUCGCCCAGCCAUUGCUUCAGACUGUGAUGGCCACAUCUGGCGUGUGCGAGUCACCCCGUUACGGGCCAGCGUCCAUGGUCGCCCCAGUUAGCCAAGACGAGCGACUCGCCACUCUCGCGACAUCCCUGUCGCAGCUGACUGAGAAACUGGACCAGGUUCUUCAUCAAGAGUCCACUUGCCAUGCGCCUGGUAUCUUCCAGUCCCCACGGCGGGGAUGGCGUCCGCCAAACUUACGUGGCGGGUCGAUGUUUAGGUAUGGUUAUGUUGCAGCGCACGCGGUGGUGCGGUGUGGCGUACAGGGCGAUGUGCCAGUGCGUCUGCUGAAUACCUCGGACAGGGAUGUGGUUGUUCCUCGAGGUACGCGCCUUGGGUCGCUGAGUCCCACGGCGCUUCACUGCGAUGCUGCGGAAGUAUGCGCAGUGGGGUCUACGGAGGAGCCCCGGGGAGAAUAUAGUUGGGACGAGCUCGGUAGCGAGUCUGGCCUGUAUGAUGUGCUGCACAUUGACGAGUCGCGAUUGACUGCAGACCAACGGCAACAGGUACGGGGCCUGUUACACCGUCACCGUCACGUCUUUGCGAUGUCCUGCGCUGAGCUGGGUCGCACAUCGCUCAUGGAACAUCAAAUUGACACUGGCGAUGCCACUCCAAUCUUCCAGCCACCACGUCGUCUUCCGUGGCAUCAACGACAGGAAGCCCGUACGAUUGUGGACAAGAUGUUACAAGGCGUCGUGUCCGAGUCCACGAGCAGAUGGCAGCGGGCAACACUGAUCCAGCAAUCAAGAAAUAGAGAAACCAGUUGA